UGCAGAGUGGAUCUAAAAGCAGCAGAAAAAAAAUUAACCGGUGAAGACAUACUUGGUACAGCCCUAGUAGAGCCACUAAGACAGUACAACUAUAAGUUCAGAGAACAUGAAGUGGUUAUGAGGGUUGAAAAGUGCACAGAAGACCAGGCUAUCCACCAGGAAAUAAACACAGUUCAUGAAGAGAUGAUAGUCGAAUGGGCUCAUGUUACCUCAAAUCAUUCCCCAAAUGGUGUUAAAAUUUCAGUGUCUGACCCAGUAUUUGUUAAUCCAAACUCUGUGAACACAGUCACUGAAGUCCUCCGUUGUGUUGGCCAUACAGCAUGCAUAACCCGUUACGGAUUUACUGGCAACAAUUCAAGAGAAUGGCUUAGUGUAACUAUGGACGGCCUUCCUUUUCUUGUUACUGUGAACAUCAUUGAACAGACAUUCAUCUGCCUUGCUUGUGCCAAAAAAGAUGCUGCAAGUGCUGAUGUUGUCUCCUUUUAUGGGAAGGAAUGGGAUGACCAUUUGAAGGCUUGUCACCAUGGAGACAACAGCAUUGAACGUGCCAAAGAAUUCGAUUGGGUUGUGCUGCGCAUUGGCUCACUACAUAUGGAGAUGAACAUGGUGAAGUCUCUAUUUUCUGUCAAUUGGGAAGUAUUCAUUUGCAGUUUAGCAAAGGAACUGGGUUUCAAAAGCGAAAGUGCACUGAACUAUGCCAGGAGUGCCAAGAACCAUCACCACGCUAUGACAAUGCUCAACAUCUUGCAGAAAGGAAACUGGAAGGAACUCUUGACACCCUAUGUCCGUGACAGAAUCCGCAACAAUUUACCGUUGUCAGUAAAUGAUUACCUGUACACAUGGAUGCCAACUGUACGUAACAGCAAUUACCUGUACCUGUUUGAGCAGUCUUGGUUGUACAUUGGGUCAAUUCACCUUUACCACAUUGGUGUUAGAUGGAAUAACAGUGAUUAUGUAAACAGUAGCCAGACUGGAUUCGCUCCUAUGUUCAGUUUUAAACCUUUUACGUCAAAAUAUCAACUGAUUGAGUUACAUGACAGGUUUGUGUUCGGCUGCAUUUUUAGCUUUCUAUCAAUCAUUCGAUAGUUAAAGUUACAAUAAAUGACCCCUGCCUCCACAUGUUAACCCUUAAAGUUUCUCCUUACAAUAUCAAUUCAUGAAUCAAGAAAGAAGGUAAGGAGAAUCAACAACAUGAUCACCAUACUGACAUUUGCUAUGAUCUUUAACAAAUUCUCCCAAUUAGUAUCAUAAUAAAAUUCAGGAAGCAAAUUUUGACAUCAAAAGAGUUGACAAUUGAAAGUCAGACCCAUAUAAGGUGGUCACCCUUGGAUUUAGCAGUAUUAAACUGACUGCUAUUUAAACAGAAAUAAAUGCAUACAGGAGGGCAAGUUUACGGGUGAGAAUUUGGAGCAAUUUCUGGAAAUUUCAUGUGUUACUGCUUAAAUUAUAGAGAUUUCAAUUUCUAAAUCACUUAAUUGAGUGUUUACAGGCAUACUGAGCAGAACUUGGAUAGUGAAUGUUUGGUUAAUAUUAUAGGCCAAACUUAGAAUAAUAUUUUUCUACCUUUUAUAGACAGAUACAUACUGCCAAAUCAUUUAAUGUACAAAUCAUUACUUCAAUUCUUAACAUUUUUCUUUACUCUUUUUUUAGGACUGCCCGCACUCUUUACCCCCAAGACUUAAAACAGUUUGUCAUGGAGUACGAGGCUGUCAGCACAAGUGGGAACCCAUCAAAAGGAGAAGGUCUAGAUGCCCAACUGGAGGAAAUUAACAAAGAGUCGAAGUGCUGGGAGAAUGGAGUGAUGAAUGCUAGAGAUUGGCUGACCAUCUUUAGAAAUCAUGAUCAACUAACUAAGGCAAGUUUUAAAUAAUAAUAUUAUUUUAUCUAACCCUUUAAGCCUCAAUAGUGACCAGUAGUUAUUUUUCCAUAGCAUCAAAACUAUACAUAAUAAAACAUGUAGGCCUUGAGAAUAUAUUGAAAAGUGAUCACCAAACAUGUCACACAGUCAUGUAUUUGAUGCUGUGUAAGACCCCCUUAUUACCAGUUAUUUUUAGCAUACUGUUUUAUGGUUCCACAUGUCUCAUUUAUUUCUGAUUACAGUUGCGGAAGAUUACUUUUUCCUGGUUUGGCACUCAAGACCCAAAAGAUGAAGCAGAAAUUUCCAGAUACAGGGAUGACCUAGACAAGGAGGUUCUGGCUUGGCGUGUAAAGCUACGCAGAGAAAGGUAAUUAACACUGAUUCCUUUUCAUUAUUUAUUUUUGCAUUUGAGUACAAUAUACUUAAGCAAUAGACCACACUUUCUAGGGGUUUACUGGCAUGAUAACCCACUUGGGAUGUUGGGAGAACACCAGAAAAGCUUGUAAAUCACAAGCUUUUAUAAAACAACGUUAAAGCAUGUUCAGUUUUCUAUGAGUUUACCGGCACAAUAAACCAUAGGUUUCCAACCAAUCAGAAUGCUUGUACUAUCUUAGUUGUUACAAGGUACAGCAUACUCCAAACACCAUUUCCAUACACUAGCAGUACCUCAUCUCCCUCAUUACUAAAUUGCUCCUUCAAAAAUGUUCACUUUGUCUACAGGUACUUGACCGAGCCAUUUGAUGAGAGAGCUCACGUUUCUGUUGAUGGCAUGACUCUGGACAAAAGUCUUGUAAACCUUACUGAAGUUUGCACUUCCAACAGAGAGGCUGUGUUUAAAGGGGUUUUCCUACAUGGCAAGCAAAGGGUAGAUCUUCCAUUGAAGACAUUAUAUGUCACACCCCAAGAGAGAGAGUCUGCUUCAGAACUGAAGAACAUAAAGAAAGCAGAUCUUGUCAAAAUGAUUGAAGAGCUUCUUUUGAGUUUGAAUGAUGAAUCAUUGGUAGACUUCUACAGAGAAAAACUGGCACACAUUCAAAAGAGGUUGGCAUCUACAAAGAAGGAGGUCAUCAUCGCCCUAUAUGAAGAAAUCAACCAG